AUGAAUGAAGACUCGAUCACAGCUGAGCCAGCGACAAUACCAAAACAAAAUAUCAUAUGGACAAAACGAUUAUCUGCUAAACAUCGUUUUCUCAAAUCAAAAUGUCGUCGAAACUCGGAUAGUAAUAUCUUUCGUGAAGUCUUAAGAAAUCGUGCGGAUAGUAUCAUAACAGUCAAAUCUCCCAAUCAUCUCUAUCGUUUAGCAGAAACGAAUCGAAAUGAUGCAGAAAGUACGAUAAUUACGAUAAACAUCAGUGGCGCUCGUUAUCAAACAUAUCUAUCAACUGUCGAACGUUUUCCUGACACACUUCUCGGAAAUAAAUACAAACGAAUGUAUUAUUGGAAUGCUGAGGAAAAUGAAUAUUUCUUCGAUCGUCAUCGGACAUGUUUCGAAUCGGUACUUUAUUAUUAUCAAUCGAACGGACGUCUUCGCCGACCAGAUUAUGUUCCAUUGGAUACAUUUCUUGAGGAGAUUUCAUUUUUUCAAUUGGGAGCACAAGCGAUCGCUCAAACAAAUCGGUUGGAGAACAUUGCGAUCGUUCGACCAGUUUCUUUACCGAAAUGGUUCUGGCGACAAUGCAUUUGGUUCUAUUUAGAAUAUCCUCAACAUUCGCUUUUUGCACGUAUUCUUCACGGUAUUUCAAUGUGUUUGACUGUCAUAUCGUGUUUGUCUUUAGCAACAGAAACUCUACCGGAAUUCGAUGAAAAAUGGGAUAAUAUUUGUCGAAUUCGAGCGAAUGUGUCACUUUCAUCGUCGUAUGUGCCAAGAUGUUCAGCACUUUUUAUUUCACCGUUUUUCAUUAUCGAAACAAUUUGUGUUUCUUAUUUUACCAUUGAAUUUCUUCUGAGAUUUAUCAGCACACCAUCCUAUUAUCGAUUUAUUACUUCAUUACUCAAUUGGACGGAUUUAGCUGCGAUUGUACCUUAUUACGUCUUUUUAUGUGUUCAAUUAACUGAUCGAAAGAUCGAUCUGAAUGCGAGUACAUUUAUAAUUCUUCGUUUAUUGCGACUAUUUCGAUUUUUACGUGUUUUUAAAAUCUAUUUGAUCUUUCAUCGACUUAAAUCAUUACGAGUAUUGAGUGCGACUUUGAAAGAAUCAUUUAUGGAUUUUACGAUUAUGAUCGUCGCAUUAACAUUAGUUGCAUUCCUGUUCGGUGCAGCGACUUAUUUCGCGGAAAAGGAUACCGAUAGGGAAUCAUUCGAUUCAAUUUUCAGUGCAACUUAUUGGGCAAUAUUAACAAUAACAUCUGUUGGGUAA